CCGGAAGUCACGCGGGACGGAACGUUUUAGUGGAGACACUGUGGCAAGCAGCGGUGAAUCCUAGGAGAAAGCGGGGGCAAGGCGAGGGCGGGGACAGGGAUCCGGGAGGGGGAAAAAAUGCUAAACCCAAGCUCAGACGCACAGAUGGUUCAUAGCAUUGGGAGGAGACGCGGUUGAAACUCAGGGCGCCUUUCACUGUCCCCGUGGAGUUGACUGGUUCUUCAAAAGCUCCGAGCAGGCAAGGGAGGUGGCCAAAGGUCUUGGGCGGGGAGGAGGCCGAGAACAUCUUUCUAAACCGCAGACCGUUUUCGGGGAGUCUUCGUCCCUCGCUGCGCUUGGGAAUUUAGACCGGUUCCUUGGCUGCCGGAAGUGGGCGUACCCGGAAGUGCUCCUACGGAAUCCGCCGGGGCCGCGCCUGCGCGCGCGCCAGUUCACCAUGGCGACGGCGGGCGUCCCGCAGCGCUUCUGCCGCUGCGCCUGCUUCUGCUCCGAGAACCUGUACGUGGCGCGCUACGGGCUGCACGUGCGUUUCCGGGGCGAGGAGCAGCUGCGCGCGGACUACGGCCCCAUCCUGCGCAGCCGAGGCUGUGUCACCCCCAAGGACUUCCAGCAGCUGUUAGAAGAGCUGGAGCAGGAGGUGGAGCGGCGGAAGCGCCUGGGGCAGGAGUCGGCUGCCAGGAAAGCCCUCAUCGCCAGCUCCUACCGCCCGGCACGGCCUGAAAUCUACAACCCCCUGCAGGAUGCGGCUCUGGCCCCCGAGUUUCUGGCCGCAGCUGAGUACAGCGCGUCGCCAGGUGCAGACCUCAAGGGCCUCCUCCAGCGGCUGGAGACAGUGUCGGAGGAGAAGCGGAUCUACCGGCUGCCGGUGUUCACCGCGCCGUUCUGCCAGGCGCUGCUGGAGGAGCUGGAGCACUUUGAGCGGUCGGACAUGCCCAAGGGCAGACCCAACACCAUGAACAACUACGGGGUGCUGCUCCACGAGCUGGGCCUGGAUGAGCCGCUGGUGACGCCGCUGCGGGAGCGCCUCCUGCGGCCGCUGAUGGCCCUCCUGUACCCGGACUGCGGCGGAGGCUGGCUCGACAGCCACCGGGCCUUCGUGGUCAAGUACGCCCCCGGCCAGGACCGGGAGCUGGGCUGCCACUACGACAACGCCGAGCUGACCAUCAACGUGUCCCUGGGCAAGGCUUUCAGCGGGGGCGCCCUGUACUUCGGGGACCUCUUCCAGGCGCCUUCGGCCCUGGCCUCGCCCCUGGAGGUGGAGCACGUGGUGGGCCAGGGCGUGCUGCACCGGGGCGGCCAGCUGCACGGGGCCCGGCCCCUGGGCGCCGGCGAGCGGUGGAACCUCAUCGUGUGGCUCCGGGCCUCGGCCGUGCGCAACCGCCUCUGCCCCAUGUGCUGCCGCAAGCCCGACCUGGUGGACGCCGAGGGCUUCGGCGACGGCUUCACCCGCGAGCAGCCCCCCGCCGUGGACGUGUGCGCGAUGACCUGAGCCGGCGGGCGGGACCCGUGCGGGCGGCCGGACGGCAGAGGCUCUGCCCCCGGGCGUGGCGUGGGCAGGGCGGAAUAAAGGCCCUGCAGCCCUCGGCACGUCUUGGUUCAAAAGGACACGCAGGCUCCGGGUCAUUCUUUCUGCAGACGGGCUGCUGGGCCAGGUCUGUUAGAAGCAGAACCUGAGGUGGGGGUUCCUGCUCGUCGACGGAGGAGGGAGGCCAGGAAGCAGGAAAGGCAGGGAGGAGCCGGGCCGAGGGGCAGGUGCACGUGGCCAAUCCCCGGGAGCGCCCGGAGCACGGACCCACCAGUUGGCCUCAGCAUCAGCGGCUGGCUGCAGGGCGUGCUGGGAGAGGGCGUGGCGGAGGGUGGGGAGGGGAUGUGUGUGAGUAAGGACUCCCGCACAAGGGCUCCCCGUGGCCCAGGGGAUCUCCCAGAGGACCGCCCAGGUGUCGCUGCCAGCAUCUGGCGGGACAGCUGGGGUGAGUGCCGUCCAUAAAGGGGGUUUGGGUGGCUGGUGACGAUGGUGUGGAGGGGUUAAGAAGCAGGGCCUCUGAGUUCAGAUUCUGAUUCUGCCACUUCCAGCUCUGACUGGGUGAGACCCUGGACCUCUUUGUGCCUCCGUUUCCUCACCUGGAAAGCACCUAUGUCUUAGAGCUGUUGUGAGAGUCAAAUGAUAUAUAAACUUUAUAAAGUGCUUUAUAACAGC